CAACGCAGAGAAGAGAAGGAAAGAAACCGACACAGACAACCACUGCACUGCGCCGCCACCAUCUCCGGCCGAUCGAGGAAACAUCGACGGCGAUGAAGCACCCGUCCGUCGCGGCCACCCUCCUCCUCGUCCUCCUCGGCGUCGCCGUCGUCUCCACGGCCACGGACGGCGCCGGCGUGUACAUCGUCAUCGUGCAGCCUCCCGCGGGCGGCGCCGACACCCUCGCCUACCACACGGGCAUCCUCGCCGCCGCGCUCGGCAGCGAGGAGAGGGCGAAGGUGGCGUUGCUGUACAGCUACAGGACCGUCGCCAGCGGGUUCGCCGCCGUUCUCACGCCGCCGGAGCUCGCCGCGCUGCAGAAGAAUCCUGCAGUUAUUCAGGUGCGCCCUGAUCAGAUGUAUCACGUUGUGGACAACCUCAACUGAACGCUCUGCUCCUUUGAGAGGAUGAUACACCACAGCACAGUCCAAUACUGAAAUGUUCUUCAUCCUAUGUUUGGUGCUUGUGCUGAUAGACAGUUUAGGCAGUACAGAAAGCUAUAGGUUCAGUUAUGGAAGUAUAAUAUGCUAUUAUUUGUUGACCUUCCAUACAUCGAAAUAUACAGCAAGUGUACUAGGGUAUUGUUAGUUGCUUACAAUGUUGUUCUUUUAACUCCUACACAUGAUAAUAUACAAUCUAUAUGUGAGCCUAUAAUAUAUCUUCUGAGGGAUGAGUUCCAUU